AAAUAUUGAAGAAGUAGGUAAAGGUGGUUUUUCUGUAGUUUAUAAAACAUAUUAUGAAUUGGACAAAGAAGUUGCAAUCAAGGUAAUAAAAGAUUCGCAUAAAGAUAAGCAACUUUUUUUAAAUGAG